AGAUAAAGCGACCUGCUUUGCAACGGAGCAGCGCUGCUUCCCACGAAACUCCGAAGCAAGAGCGGCAAGGGGUGCGGGGUGGGGAAAAAAAAAAGGCGAAGCUGGCUUCUCCCGAAGCGGGAGCUUUUGGCGUAGCGCUCGGCGCCAUGCGAUGGAGACCCGCGGCUCGGCAGUCCUGAGUUUGGGGCAACUUUUUGCUCCCUUCGGGGAGUCCCAGCCCAACGAAGAAGCUGCCUUAGCCCCAGCAUGGCGAGAAGACGCCGAAGAGGAGGAGGAAGAAGCGGCGACGGCAGCAGCGGAGGAGAACCAGCAGCCGGAGCGGGACUGCAACGCUGCAGCCGCCCGGGAGAAGGACGAGGAGGUGCUGCUGGAGUGGCGCCGCCGCCGCCCCGGCCGUUCCUUCUCACUGCCGGACAGCCCGGUGCGGUUCUUCCAGAGGCGGCUGCUGCCGGGCGACAGCGACGGGAGCGAGAGUGAUGAGGACGAGGACGGCGGCGCGGCGGCUUCCCCGACGGCGGCCCUCCGCGGCGGCUGCUGCACCAAGCGGGUGCAGUUCGCCGACGCCCUGGGCUUGUGCUUGGCCAGCGUGAAGCAUUACAGCGCGGCCGAGGAGCCGCAGGUGCCCCACGCCGUCCUCUCCCGCUUGCAAAGCUUCCCCAUGCGCCAGAGGGACUUCGAGGACUUCACCGCCGCCUUGGCCGAGUUGGGGGGUUGCGCGUCGGCCGCGUCGCCUUUCCCUCGGUCUCCGCCCCAGGUCCCGCUCCGCUUGGAUGGGGCGGACGAGCCCAACGGCGCCGAGCGGCUGCGGCGGGACCGCGUCUGCCUGGAGGAGGUGGCGGGCACGGCGCUCGGCGGGGCGCCCACGGACGUGCGCGGCGUGGCGAGGGUGCUGAGCUGCCCGGGCUCCAAGGAGGUGACGGUGCGCUACACUUUCAACGAGUGGCUUUCUUUCCUCGACGUCCCGGCUCUGCCGCUGCCCGAUGGCGGGGACCCUUCGGACGGCUCGGCUCCGGUCGAGCGUUACCAGUUCUCGCUCUGCCUGCCUCCCGGUUUGCCGAACGGGACGGCCGUGCAUUUCGCCAUCUGCUACCGGAGCCAGCAAGGGGAGCAUUGGGACAACAACGGCGGGGCCAACUACACCCUCCGCGAUUGCAGUGCCGAGAAGCCCGCGACUCCCCUGUGAUGAGACUCGGGAGGUUGCGAGAGAGCCCGAAAUUGCUCCAAAAAACCAGCCUAAUUUGCCUUGCGUCAUUACGAUCUUCCGGAGUCCUGCAGCGCA